AUGUCUCUCUCUCCGUAUCACUUGCACUGGUCGGACGCGCUCAUCAAACGCGUGGAGUUGCGGCUGCGGCAGGUGCAUGCCUCGCUGGAGGAGUUCUACCGGCAGAAGAAUUAUUCUGCCGUGGCCCAUGCAACCGCGACUGCCGAGGAAGACGCGGCGCGGCGCCAGCAGGAGGAAGGCCCUAUCAGCUCUGUGGGUAGUUUUCUUCUGCGCACGUGUGUGCACUCCACGCCAUUCUACGAAACUCAAGUGGAGCACGGCGUGGGGGCGGACAUCGCCCUCAAGAUUCCCGAGGAGGUGUGCUCGCUGAAAGACAUCCAUGAUGGCCACUACUUGGAGCGACGGCAGGUCUUUCUGCGCAAGCUGGAAAAGUUCAUGGGGAAGUACAACGCGCAAAUGAUGAGGAAAGCCACACAGGCGUCCGCCGCAGCCGCAGCAAAGGGAGAAGAUGAUGAGGAAGUGGAAACGGAGGGGCCUGAACGGCGGUCGGUUGUUCAAUGGGACCUCCGCCGCGUUCCUGUUGGCGGAAGUUUCGUGAACACAGAGAAGGAGCUGUUGCGUGUCUACUUCCUCCGCCCCAGGCAUGGCGCAACCCGGCGGGAGGUGUUUCACGUGGACGUCCACCUGCAGCCGAUUUCCCUCACGGGCCGCAUCGCAAGCGCGGCGGCCAUUCGCAAGCACCCGCUCUACAGCUAUCUUGUGCAGGAAGACGGUCUCAUGACGGUGCACCUCCGCAGACUGCACGAGCUCUACUCGAAAAACCAGUCCUUGGUACGCGCCACCGUGUUCCUAAAGUGCUGGGCGUACCACGUCGGACUCAUGUCACGCACCUCGGGUCACCCAGAGGGCUUGAGUGGGUUUCACAUUUCUGCGCUGCUGCUGCGCCUUGUCGAGGAGGGUCUCAUCUCGCCUAACAUGUCGGAGGAGAAUGUUGUGCGCGCGGUGUGGGUGCAGCUUUCACGUGGGUUCACGCAAAACGCGAGCCACAGCAGCGGCCAAGAGGCGCCCAUUCCAGCAGCAGAGGAGCGUGGUGAGGUGGCGGUGCUGCGCUUGGCAGGGGAAACCAUGAAUUUGCUCUUCCGCACAUCCGCGGCCUUCUUCCAGAACAUUGUUAAAAAGGCUGCCGAAGAGGCGCUUCAACUGUCACACCACUCUGAGGUGUUUGUGGCAGUUCCCUUUCAACCGCUGCAGCUUCGCUUGGAUGUCUGCUUCACCGUGGAUGGCCUCCGCGACCACUUCGCAGAGGCGGACAGCACGCCUAUUGCUAAGACAACUAGUGUCGCGUGGUCUCCCUCAGCGCAGCGGGUGCAGGCGAUACAAAGACUUGUUGAGGAGGCCCUUGGCGCACGCUCCAGCUACGCAACUGUGUGGCGCCGAAGCCAUGACUCCGUGCACGUUGCGGUGCGGCUGACCACGGAGGCGGAGGGGCGAAACCGCCUCACGCGUGGCCCUGCCGUGGAGGACGCCGAGGCUGUGGAGCGCUUCAAUGCCUUCUGGGGGAAAGAUGUCACGUCAACGCGGCAGUUUCCAGAUGGGGGUAUUUACCGCUGCGUCUUGUGGACGUUUGACGAGGACGCUGGCGCCAAUACAACCGUCGCGCUCUCUGCGGCAACUGUGAUGCGCCGCGUGUUGGAGUUUGCCCUGCAAAAACACCUCGCCCCCUCCGCACAGGUCUCACAGCUUCUUGGCGGCCUUGAAGGGGCACUGGCGGAGCGUGUUGGUGGGGAGUGGCGCGAUGCCGCCCCAAUGAUGCAAAAAUCAUUAUUGGAGGCGUGCAGGCACAUUGAGGCGAUGGUGGCUGAGGUUCCACGCACGGCGCUACCGUGCAAGGUCACCUCCUUGGACAUCAUCGCACCCAGCGAGCGCCACACAGCCACGUUUCCCGUACGCCCGCAUCUUGCUCUCACGUACACCACCGAUGACCUCACACAACCAAACUUUGCAGGGCUCACCACGGAGCCGACCAUUGAGCCGGUGCACGGCGUCCUGACAAUUGACGAUAAGAAUAAGAUCCCUGAUACACCCGAGGCCAUUGCCGCAAUUAAGGGAGCCAUUUGUGCGCAGCUGUCCAAGGUGCUGCAGGAGUACUACGGCGAUGACAAGAAGCAUAGUAGGUCACGAUCAAAGAGGUCUCUGAAGAGGGAGGAAGGAGCUCCGCAGCAAGAAACACAACCUGAAGCUCAAAAAUUUCGCAUACGUACAUCGUGUACGAGUCAUUCGGUGGAUAUCAUUUAUAAAGGUUAUCUCUUUCGACUCUAUAUUGCGCACUAUCGUGAGGUAUCCCUGCUCAAGGCGCUGCAACGCGAAUCCGAAGCUGCCAUGAUUGAGCGUAAACUCUUCUGGAGUGUACAACACGCCAAAUUUUUGCGCACCGUGGCGUUUGGUCACCACAGCUAUGCUAUGGCCGCCCGGUUGUCUAAACGUUGGUUGAGUGCAAUGCUUCUUCUUGAAUUUGUUCUGCCAGAGGCGGUGGAGCUGAUCGUUGCCAAUGCGUAUCUGGGUUCAAAUCCUCCCAAGACCUCGGUGGGUGGGUUUGUGCGCUUUCUGCAGCUACUUGCCACUCAUGAUUGGUCAAGUCCGCUGGUGCUGCCGUAUUCUGUAGAUAGUAGGCUGCAAGCAGACACAGCGGAGCUUGUGCGGACCAUGGGUGAACAGCAGGGUAUGUUCAUUGCCACCCCAUAUGCGCCAAUGGAGAGCCCCUUCACGGUCCACACUCCACGACCCAUGAUUGUGCACCGUGUGGUGCAGCUAGCGAAAAGCGCUUUGGCGGUGCUGCUGGCUCAGCUUGAUGGAAGAGAGACGUUGCGGUGCUGGGAAGGCUUGGUCUUCACAACAGACCCGGCCACCUUUGAUUUUCACAUGGCAUUUCAUCCACAUCUCUUGCUUCAGCCGGGCCGUCUCCUGGUGCCUCCCUCUGCCGUUACGAAUAUCCCGUCAGCGGCGGGAACGAGUGCUGCUCUGUCGCCGUUCCUUGGCCCUGUGUCGGUGGGAGCGGCUACGUCGUCCGCUGCGUCAGGCCCACAGCCUCCGCGUAUUUGGCAACUGGAUGAGCUGGAAGAGGACCGGAGUCGUGUGUAUUUGACGGAGCUUGUCGAGCGGGAACCCACCGCACACGUAGUACGAAGCGUGCGUGCGGUGACGAGGGAUCGUUGCAUGGUCUUCUACGACUGCCUUGCACCUCAUGGCAUCUACGUGGUUACCAUCACACCUGCCCCCAUGCGAGAGGUCUGCGUGCGGCUCCACAACGACAUUCUCCGCGUCAGCCACGGCGCGCUGCUUCCUUCCCCCUCCCUGCCGGACGUUGGGGCCGCAGCGGGGAAGGCAAAGUUGGAAGGAAAGGCGCCCAGCAAGGCCGCCGUGAAGUCCGCGGGGAGGAGGGUCAUUGCCCCCGCGGCCGCAGCCAAAGCUGACGCGGACGCCGCGGCGGCGGAGGUCGCACGAAAGAGUUCCGGGAAGAAGGACGAAGGGGCGAGGCCACCGAAGCGACGCCGGACGGACGACGCGGAUGAGGCCGCCGGAGCGACGCAGCGCCCCUACCGUCUCCAGGGGCAACGUCGUCAGGCACCGACGCAUGCCGCGGCGGCGGGGAAGAGGGACCGGGCGCCAGGACCAGCAAACACGAAGAAGGAGGUAAGACGGGCAUAA